AUGGUCCGCAUCUCUCUUCUCGCCACUGUCGCUUUUGCGGCCACCGCUUUCGCAAUCACGCCCAACAACGCCGGCGCCAGAAACGUCGGUAAGGGCGACGGCUCUCAGUUCAUCACUGGAGGCUGCGUUGACAACGCUGACUGCUCGUCUGCUUGCUGCGCGGAUGCGAGUGGCGUUGGUGUGUGCUCGGCCGAGGCGGCCCAGUUCCAGAACGGAAAGAACGGCUGCAACUUUGUCGACCCUAACAAGGCGGCAACCAUCGCUGCGGCAGCGGCUCAGGUCAAGAAGCAGGGUUUCUAG